AGCCGCCGCCGCCGCCGCCUCGGUCGAGCCCCCCGCCGCCCGCCAGCCCGCCGGCCGGCCGGCCGCCGCCGCUCUCCGGAGCCGCCCCCGCCCGCCCCCUCCGCGCGUCCUCUCUCGCUCGCUGCGCAGCGGAAACAUGGCGGCGGGCAGGGAGUGAGCCGCCCCGCGCCGUCGCUGCGCCCGCAGAUUUCUCCAUCUUGUUAAGGAGGAAAUUCCUAUUUGAUAUAGCUGAUGAUACCAUGCAAAAAUCAGAUCCUCGAAAAGUAAUAGACUGGAAUGAUGUUAGAAAACAUAAAUAUGGUCAUCUAUCAGAGUCUGCAUCCCAAUAUCAAGAAGCUACUGACAUCCUGGAGCUAGGUCAUUUUACCUGGGACAAAUACCUAAAAGAAACAUGUUCAGUCCCAGCGCCUGUCCAUUGCUUCAAGCAGUCCUACACACCUCCAAGCAACGAGUUCAAGAUCAGCAUGAAAUUGGAAGCACAGGACCCCAGGAACACCACAUCUACCUGUAUUGCCACAGUAGUUGGACUGACAGGUGCUCGCCUCCGCCUUCGCCUUGAUGGCAGCGACAACAAGAAUGACUUCUGGCGGCUGGUUGACUCAGCUGAAAUUCAGCCUAUCGGGAAUUGUGAGAAGAAUGGGGGUAUGCUGCAGCCCCCUCUGGGAUUUCGGCUGAAUGCUUCUUCUUGGCCCAUGUUCCUUUUGAAGACGCUAAAUGGAGCAGAGAUGGCUCCCAUCAGGAUUUUCCACAAGGAACCACCGUCACCUUCUCACAACUUCUUCAAAAUGGGAAUGAAGCUAGAAGCUGUGGACAGGAAGAACCCUCAUUUCAUUUGCCCAGCCACUAUUGGGGAAGUGCGGGGCUCAGAGGUCCUUGUCACUUUCGAUGGGUGGCGAGGGGCCUUUGACUACUGGUGCCGCUUUGACUCCCGUGACAUCUUCCCUGUGGGCUGGUGUUCCUUGACUGGAGACAACCUGCAGCCACCUGGCACUAAAGUUGUGAUUCCAAAGAAUCCCUACCCUGCAUCCGAUGUGAACACUGAGAAGCCCAGCAUCCACAGCAGCACCAAAACUGUCUUGGAGCAUCAACCAGGGCAGAGGGGGCGUAAACCAGGAAAGAAGCGGGGCCGGACACCCAAGCCCCUAAUUCCCCAUCCCAUCUCUACCCCAUCCAAGUCAGCUGAGCCUUUGAAAUUCCCAAAGAAGAGGGGUCCCAAACCUGGCAGUAAGAGGAAACCUCGGACUUUGCUGAACCCACCACCCACCUCACCAACAACCAGCACCCCUGAACCGGACACCAGCACUGUACCCCAAGAUGCUGCCACCAUACCCAGCUCAGCCAUGCAGGCCCCCACAGUUUGUAUUUACUUGAACAAGAAUGGCAGCACAGGCCCCCACUUAGAUAAGAAGAAGGUCCAGCAGCUCCCUGACCACUUUGGGCCAGCCCGAGCCUCCGUGGUGUUGCAGCAGGCUGUGCAGGCUUGCAUCGACUGUGCUUAUCACCAGAAAACCGUCUUCAGCUUCCUCAAGCAGGGCCACGGUGGUGCAGUUAUCUCAGCCGUGUUUGACCGGGAGCAGCACACGCUCAACCUCCCAGCAGUCAACAGCAUCACCUACGUCCUCCGCUUCCUGGAGAAGCUCUGCCACAACCUUCGCAGUGACAAUCUGUUUGGCAACCAGCCCUUUACACAGACUCACUUGUCACUUACCACCACAGAGUACAGCCACAGCCACGACAGGUACCUACCAGGUGAGACCUUUGCCCUGGGAAAUAGUCUGGCCCGGUCUUUGGAGCCACGCUCAGACUCAAUGGACUCUGCCUUGAAUCCCACCAAUCUUGUCAGCACUUCCCAAAACCUUCGAAAUCCAGGGUACCGGCCUCUGCUUCCAUCCUGCAGUCUCCCACUGGGCACUGCCUCAGCUGUGCGCAGGCUCUGCUCCAGGGGGCCAGACCGCCGGGACGCCUCUCGGCUGAGUGGCCGGGACCCCUCCUCGUGGACGGUUGAGGAUGUGAUGCAGUUUGUCCGGGAAGCUGAUCCCCAGUUUGGACCCCAUGCUGACCUCUUUCGCAAACACGAGAUCGAUGGCAAGGCCCUGCUCCUGCUGCGCAGUGACACGAUGAUGAAGUACAUGGGCCUGAAGCUGGGGCCUGCGCUCAAGCUCUGCUACCACAUUGACCGGCUGAAGCAGGGCAAGUUCUGAGCAGGGCAGUGCAGCCGGGACGGCCGAGGGGUCCAGCAGAGGGGGCUCUUCUCCCAGGAGGGAGGGCCGUCAGGCACCUCAGCAGGGUCCGAGGCCACCUCAGGACUCCAGGAGGCUGUGUGGAGCCACCCCACUGCCCCCUCCUGCCAUGAGAUGUCCUUCCAUGAAGGACCGAGGAGCGGGGUGUGCGGCCCAGGCACUGCUCUUCCCUUCAGCCCCGUCUUGGCUCUGAGGUCCCGUGUAUUUAUUUCUCAAGCCUGGGUGGCCUCCCUCCAGGAGUUUAGACCGAACACCUUCCAGGUGAUGGAGGAAGGGGCUGACCUGUGAGGUCUCGAAAGAUGGGGCCCUGAAGCAACACUCGCACCGGGUUCCCUUACCAGCUGUUGGGCCUGGUGGUGUGGCUCCCACAGCUCCUGCCUUCUCCUCACGAGAUCCACAGACCCCAAACUCAUGGUGCAAACCUCUACCUUUUUUAAAAAGAGAUCUUUUCUUAUUAUUAAUUUAUUGUUUCUGGCACUUGGGCAAGCCCUCCAGUUCAUACCCCUCUUGCUCCAGACACUGGUUUCAGGAGGAGGGAGACCCACACAGGCCCUCUCCAGAGAGCUGUGGCCCCUUCUCAGAGGACAUCACCCAGGCACCUUCUCCUUGGGAUGGACAGACCUACCAAGCCUUGACCACGUCAUCCAGCACAGGGAGGAGAGGGUCCCUGUCAUCUCCCCUCUCUCCCUCCACUGGCCCUCUGCAGCCCCGGCCUCAUCUGUGGGAACAGGAGUUCCUACCCUGCACUGCCCCGCCACAGCUCCUUGCCCUGGCCAGAAUUGCUGCCAAAGAAGGUUGGGCCCAGUGUUUUAAGCCAAGAAGGCCCUAAGAUGGAUGGGAGAGAACGGUCUCUAGGCUGGAGUCUGGUUGCACCCACUCCACUGUCCACAGGCUUCUUUUGUAAGCAAGUCAGCAGUUCAGCUGCCCCCGCUGCCAUCUGGACUUAUUUUAUGUCAAUUUGUUUAUAAAUAAAAAACAAUAUAGAUGCCA